AUGUGCAUGGUAAUUUCCACCGGGGCAAGACAGCGAGGACACCCGUUGGACGUUCGUGGCCUCGCGGCCGUUCUCAGCGAGUGCGGGAAAGAGGCCCGCUGGGCUGAUGCUUUACGCUUGUUCAGGGACUCACUGCGAUCAGGCUUUCAGGCCAGCACCAGCCUAUACAAUGUCGCCAUCAGCGCGUGCGCCAGAGGCAAGCAAUGGCAGCGUGCGCUGUCACUACUGCAGGAGACGAGAGAGGAGCCAUGCGUGGAAGCAGACGUGAUCAGCUACAGCACUGGGAUCAGCGCGUGCGGGGUAAUAGGGCAAUGGCAGCAUGCGCUGUUGGUGCUGAGCGAGCUUUGCGGAUCUAAGUUGCAAGCAAACGUGAGAUGCUUCAACGCUGGGAUCAACGCGUGCGCGAAAGGCGCGCAAUGGCAGCAGGCGCUGUUCUUGCUCAGAGAGAUGUGGGAGACGAAAGUGGAAGCGGACAUAAUCAGCUACAGCGCUGCAAUCAGCGCGUGCGAGAGAAGUGUGCAGUGGCAGCAUGCGUUGUCAACACUCUGGCACGGUAUUGCAGCGAGCUUAGAGCCCAACAUCAUCACUUACAACGCCGGAAUCAGCGCGUGCGAGAAAUCCGGGCAGUGGAGGCAGGCGUUGCGGGUGCUCCGCGAAAGCGGGCAGGCGAGCGUCUCGCCGAGCACCAUCACCUACAACGCCGGGAUCAGCGCCUGCGAGAAGGGAGCGCAGUGGCAGCACGCGCUGCUGCUGCUCGGCGAGCUGAGGGGCGCGAAGCUGGAGGCCGAUGCCAUCUACAGCGCUGGAAUCAGCGCGUGCGAGAAAGGAGGACAGUGGCAGCGGGCGUUAUCGCUGCUGCGCGAAGCGGUUGACGCCAGCGUGGAGAUGCAGGUCAUCGGCUACAAUGCUGGGAUAAGCGCGUGUGAGAAAGCUGGGCAGUGGCAGCAGGCAUUGUCAGUGUUUAACGAGUUGGGUCAAUUGAGCCUCAGUGCAAACGUAAUCAGCUACAGUGCCGCGGUCGACGCUUGCAAAAGAGGCGGGUGGUGGCAACAGGCGCUGUCUUUAUUUUGCGAGUUGCGCGAAGCGAAGUUGGAGGCGGACAUUCAAAUGUAUAAUGCUGGCAUCAGCGCGUGCGAGAAAGUUGGGCAAUGGAAAGAAGCGUCGGCGUUAUUCCAGGAAAUCUCAAGCGCAAGACUACAGCCAGACGUUGUCAGCUACAGCGCUGGAAUCAGCGCGUGCGAAAAAGCUGGUCAGUGGCAGCAGGCAUUGGCCUUGUUCAGCGAGCUGUGGGAGGCGAGAUUAGAGCCAGAGGUCAUUACGUACGGUGCUGUCAUCAGCGCGUGCGACAAAGGAGGGCAGUGGCAACGGGCGUUGUCGUUGCUCAGUGGGUCGAUAGAGGCACAAUUGGAACCAAACGUGAUCUGCUACAGUGCUGGAAUUAGUGCUUGCGAGAGAGUUGGGCAAUGGCAGCAGGCGUUGUCGCUGAUCUGGGAAAUGGUUGACGCUAGAUUGGAGCCAAAUACCGUUAGCUACAAUUCAGGAGUCAGCGCUUGCGAGAAGGGUGGGCAGGCUUUGCACAUAUUGGCGUUGCUCGCUCAUAUGAGAGAAUCGAAGAUCGACCAGCAGGUCAUGAGCUACAGCACUGGAAUCAGCAUGUGCGAGCAAGAAGGGCAAUGGCAGCAGGCAGUAUCACUCUUCACAGAAUUGUCAGCUACAGUUUCGCUUCGAUCGCCCACAGAGGGCGUUCCAGAAAUUGCCUCGCCCAUUGCUAAUCGAAGGGUUUUCACGUCGCCGUCGGCGGAAGACAGGUAG